UCUGUCACUCACUCACACACUCAAUUAAGAGCUAAUUACGAGCCUGUUGUGGAUCUGGACCGUGUGAUUCAUCACAGAGCUGAACGACGGACAGGACCUGAGCCAACUCCUGCAGACAUAAAGUGGGUGUGCAGACAGCCGGCGGAGGACUCGGGCAGACAUGUCGGACAUCGCCGGUUGCGAGUUUGAAAUCGACGUGGAGAGUCUGGAGACGGAGAGCGACGAGCCUCUGGAGCCGAGCAGCCGGCCCGGCUCCGCGCCGCUCGGCCUCGCCGCCUCCGAGGACGACGGAGACGGCUGCAAGAGCGACGACAAGCCGGGCCCCGGUGGCCCCGGUGGCCCCGGGGGCCCCGGCAGCAUGUGUCCCGGGGACCAGAGGAAGCUGAGCCGGACGCCCAAGUGCGCCCGCUGCAGAAACCACGGCGUGGUGUCCUGCCUGAAGGGACACAAGCGCUUCUGCCGCUGGAGGGACUGCCAGUGCGCCAACUGCCUGCUGGUGGUGGAGCGGCAGCGGGUGAUGGCGGCGCAGGUCGCCCUGAGGAGGCAGCAGGCCACGGAGGAUAAGAAAGGAAUAUCUGGGAAACAAAUCCCGGCGGAGCGGAGGACGAUAUAUCAGCGACAUAUUCGACCGUCCACCAUGCUCGCCAAAAGCAUCCUCGAAGGUUACCGUCCGGUGCAGUCUGAUCCCUUCCUGGCGGCCAACCCGUCCCUCCCCCCGCCGCUGAGCGAUCGCAUGAGAAAGAGGCGCGCCUUCGCCGACAAGGAGCUGGAAACCAUCAUGCUGGAGCGGGAGUACAAGGAGCGGGAGCUGCUGGAGAACAGCCAGGCGGCUUCGCUCAUCUUCCCCAACGGCAUGGCGCACCACGCCGCCGAGUACAACUACAAGACGGCGUACUCGCCGGCGGCCCAGGCGGAGCCGCCGCAGCCCAAAGAGCUGUGCGGCUUCCUGGGCCCCGGCUGCCUGGACCUGUCCCUGCAGUACCCGUCCGCCUCCGCCAACGUGGAGCUGAUCUCCUCCAACGUCAGCGUGGCCACCACCUACCGCCACUACCCGCUGCAGCCGUCCAGAGGCGGCUUCAUGAUGUGGCCCCGCGGCGCCGCCAACCUGGGGGACGCCCUGCUCUACCAGCAGUGCCUCUUCAACGCCACGGCCGUGCAGAACAUGAAGCCGGGCGCCGUGUGGGAGCCCAAAGUGAUGCCUGCAGAGAGCCAGCCGCCGGAGCAGGACGCCGCCGCCGCCGCCGCUGCUGCUGCUGCACACGCUGCUAAACUGGAAGGAUCCCGAGCAGCUGCAGGGCUGCAGGACUCGCCGGACCCUCAACGGGCCGAUCCUAAAGCCGGCGGCGUGCAGGGGGGGCAGAGGGAGUGCUCGGCCUUCUCUCCACCCAAGAGGAGCUUUAAUCAAUCCUUCCCCAACAACUCGCAUUCCCAGAACUCCAGCCAAGUCCUGAACAAGCUGAGCAAGGACAGCUCCAAGCUUUCCAUGAAACUCAACUCCUUCCACUCCCUCAUCCAGCACUCGCUGAGUGAGAAAAGCAACGGCGGCGGCGGCGGCGGCGGCGGCGGCGGCGGCGGUGGUGGCGGUGGCGGUGGCGGGCUGGAGCUCCGGGCGCCGUACUGCAAAGAGCUCUUAGAGGAAGCUGCACGGAAGUUCAGGGAGGGCUCCGCUAAGGACAUUCAGGCUGUUAAAAUCAGCGACAGGUACGCCAAAGACUUUCUGUCCAAGCCCUCGGGGACCAAGAUGGCGUCCAGCGAGUCUCUGUCGUUCUCCGUGGAAGCCAUACUGAAGAGACCCACACCGGCCAUGAGUCGAGCAUUCCAUUAAUUUCCAUUAAGUGUCUGUUCUUGCACUAUAAACGUCAGGUUUGUCUCAGUUAAAGAGGUUUUCGGGCUCAAAGUAAAUCUUAAACAUACAGGCACUGCAGUAGAAAACACACCAGCUAGAAAUGAUUUUUUGUUUUUCUCCCGAUGUAAUAUUUAUGUACAGUAUAUUAUAUUUUCCAUGUGCAUGUUUUAAUAACGUUAUUGUGUAGAGUAUUUAAACAUUAUCCCGAUGUUUUCCUCAUGUCAAUAAACUUUAAAAGACUGAACUCUUUCCAUAAAAA